GACUCCUCAGUUCACCUUCUCACAAUGAGGCUCCCUGCUCAGCUCCUGGGGCUGCUAAUGCUCUGGGUCCCAGGAUCCAGUGGGGAUGUAGUGAUGACUCAGUCUCCACUCUCCCUGCCCGUCACCCUUGGACAGCCGGCCUCCAUCUCCUGCAGGUCUAGUCAGAGCCUCGUACACAGUGAUGGAAACACCUACUUGAAUUGGUUUCAGCAGAGGCCAGGCCAGCCUCCAAGGCUCCUAAUUUAUAAGCCAAGCAGAGCAUCUGAAACUCAUUCUGCCCCUAGAGACUGCUGGUUGGGUCUGGAGAUGUCACAAGCACUGACAUGGCAAACUUGGCUGCUAUGGCAGAAGGACAAAAAGUCAGGCACCAAUUUGGAGCCUGGAGAUGCUGCACGUUCUCCUGUGAGCAGAACACUCACCAGCACCCUGCACAGCCUGAGGGCCUCAAACACAGCCUCCCUAGGAGGCUCGGCCUCUCAGUGCAGCACCAGCAACUGCAGCGCCCAGAGAUGGAGUCCACAGCAGGUGGGCUCAGGUGAAGAUGGCUGGAGAGCCUUUGAAGAGGAGGCCAUGAGUCCUCACUUACAGGCGUGGGCUCUACUUCUGUGCGAACAGGGCCAGGGCCCCCAGGAAGCCUCCCAGAGCCUCUUCCUUACUCCAAACUUUGGGCCCUCAGGCCCCACAGACUCUCCAGGGAGUGGCUGCCAUGUCCUCUCUGGAGCAGCCAUGAGGUUCCCUGCUGCCCUCUUGGCUUCAGGGAUGCUCGUUCAUGUCACUGGGAGGGGAUCCUAGUGGGUUGUGACCUCACCUGCUGCCUCUGAUGAUCUUCGGGGCACUUUUUCCUCCCUUUGCCAAAUGACCUCACUCUCACCAACACUCUGAGGAUUGAAAGUUGUCUGCACUGCAUGAUUUUUGCUUUUGAGCAAGUCAAAGCUCACAGGGGUCUCACACAUGCAUAGCCUGUAUUAAUAUGACACACAAUUCCUAUUUUCACUUUUCCUAUCUUCCAAUUUUCUCUGCACACUUACUCACCCUUCCCAUCCACUUUCUCCUGUGAAGCUGCUAAUGUGGGUUUUUAUUUCCAGGCUGAUGUGAUUUCCUUGCUGUAAUACUAGACAUGUGUUCAUCACAUGCCCACAUUUUUAAGAAUAAAAUAUUUUGAGCAUAAUUUGCUCUUCUUGUACUCAUAUGUCAGGGUGGCAGCUCAGGGGAUUGGUUUGAAAAUUUAUUUGCUAAAAUGCAUGAAUAUUUCUAGAAAUUCAGGGUUAUAAAUUCAAUGUCUUCUUGCAUCCCACAAAUUUUGAUAUGUGUUUUCUUUCACUUCAGAUUGCUUUGAAAUGUCCAUCUGUUGGUUUCAUCUUUGUCCCAGGCUUUAUUUAGUAGUAUGUUACAUAGUUUUAAAAUAUUGAGAUUUUUUUUCUGAUAGCUUUCUGUCAUUGAUUCCUAAUAAA